CCGCCCCCCCCCCCCCCCCCCCCCCCACCCCCCCCCCCCCCCCCCCCCACCCCCCCCCCCCCCCCCCCCUCUCUCACGGCACCUCGCGACCCGUCGCCGCCCCCUAGCGGCCCGUCGCGCUGCCCUGAAAGACCCAUCGCGCCGCCCUCAGCGGCCCCUUGUGGCCCCACCUCCACGGCCCCGGCGCCGCCCUCUCGCGGCCCCGUCGCCUCCCUCUCGUGGCCCGUCGCCGCCGUUCGCGGCCCCGCCGCCGCCUUAGCGGCCACGUCGCCGCCCGUCGCGGCCCUGCAGCCGCUCCUCGCGGCCUCGUCGCCGCCCUCUCGCGGCCGCAUCGCCGUUCUCUAG